UGGCUGAAGCUCUCUGAAUGCUUGCGGCAAAGGAGUGGCAUCGCAUAGCCCCCCCACCCCACCCCACCCUGACUGAGUGGCGGGGGGUUUGCUGGGGAGAGAGACUGUGAUACAGAGAGGGAGGAAGACUCAAUCCAGCGACUGAAUUGGCCGGAUGUCUGAUGGAAGGGUAAAGGGCUGGCGAGGGGCACAGGGGUCCAGUUGUAGAGGGGACUGCCCGUCCUAAGUCAUCUGGGGAGCGACCAGACUCUAACCUCAACAAGGAAUCCUCCUGGACAGACGCCUUGGGUCUCGGGUCUGGUGAUCGUUAGACCUCCACAACAUCAAGAGCCGUGAAGAUCGGUCAUGCCUGCGCCAACAAGUGUGGUCCUCGGGUUAACCCACGACAUAAGUCUGGAGGAGUUUGAAGAUGAAGACUUGUCGGAAAUCACGGACGAAUGUGGGAUCAGCCUCCACUGCAAGGAUGGUCUGGCAGCUCGGUCCCGGGUGACCCUGGAGGCCAACAACACUGCCACCACCAGUGGAAAGGACAGGCGUACCAUUCAGGCGGAGAUGCUGCAGCUGGACCUGAUAGACGCCACGGACGAGACGGAGCAGGAGGAAGAGGACAAUGGCCGGCGGAGGGAGACCAAGCCCGUCGGCAUGGCGGCCUACAGACCCAAGAGGCCGACGACCCUGAACCUCUUCCCCCAGGUUCCACGCUCGCAGGACACGCUGAAUAACAACUCAUUUGGCAAAAAGUACAGCUGGCAGGAAAAAGUCUCUCGAUCGUCCUCCCCGCUGAAGACAGGGGAAGGGAGUCCGGUCCGUGACCACGUAUGCCUGGGAGAUGAGAGCAAGGCGACGGGCAGCACGGUGGACAAGGGGACCACCACCGGCCAGGCCAGCGCUUGCAGGAGGGCGCCGGCGGGGCAAGGCGAGACCGUAGCUCCAGCCGCGGCAGGAUGCACACCGCGGGCGCGGGGCGGACAACACGAGGAGCGCAUCCGCUACCAGACGCAGGUGGAGAUCGAGGCGACUGAGGAGAUCUACCUCACGCCGGUGCAGAGGAACUCGGACUCUUCGGAGAGCGAGAAGCCCUUCCUCUCCCGCUCCAACAAGAACAGGAUGUCCACCAGCUCGGACGCCGACAUGGCCCAGUGCCUGGUGUUGCCCGACAGGUCCAGGCCUUCCAUCGGUGAGGAGGAGGAGGCGUACGGCGCCUGGGCUCCCUCGCUGGCAUGGACCGCCAUGGCGACCGGCGAGCGCUGCCAGCGGGCGUCGGCGAGCUCAGACAGCGUGCUGUCCUACGACUCGGUCAAGUACACGCUGGUGGUGGACGAGGACGUGCAGCUGGAGCUGGUCAGCCUCAAGCACUGCUACUCCGCCUACAGCGAUGAUAGCGACUCUGCCACCGUCUACGACAACUGCGUCUCCUCGCCCUACGAGUCGGCCAUCGGCGAGGAGUACGAGGAGGGGGCGAUGAAGAGGGACUUAGUCUGCCUGUCGGAAGACUCCACGCCCGACGUGGACAUCCCGUUCUCCAAGAAGUUCCUCAACGUCUUCAUGAGCGGACGGUCACGGACUUCGAGUGCAGAAUCCUUCGGCUUGUUUUCCUGCAGAAUAAAUGGAGAGGAAAGAGAUCAAACACACAGGGCGGUCUUCAGGUUCAUCCCACGGCACGAGGACGAGCUGGAGCUGGAGGUGGACGACCCUCUCCUUGUGGAGGUGCAGGCUGACGAUUACUGGUACGAAGCCUACAACAUGAGAACAGGCGACAGGGGGAUCUUCCCAGCGUACUAUGCUCUCGAGGUGCCCACGGAACCAGAGUACUUUGCAGCUAUAGCAGAAAAGAGUGACUGGGUGGACCUCUUCCCUCUGAAGUUUCUGGGUUCAGUGCAAGUGCCCUACCACAAAGGGAACGACGUCUUGUGUGCGGCAAUGCAGAAGAUCGCAACAACGAGAAGACUGACGGUGCAAUUCAACCCUCCUUCCAGCUGUGUGCUGGAGAUCGGCAUGCGGGGCGUUAAAAUAGCUGUGCAGCUCGAUGGGCUCGGUGCUUACGAGAAGGGCAGUAAAUGUAGUCACUUCUUCCAGUUGAAGAAUGUUUCAUUCUGUGGAUAUCAUCCAAAGAACACCAAAUAUUUUGGGUUUAUUACCAAACAUCCUUCAGAUCACCGAUUUGCUUGCCAUGUUUUUGUGUCCGAAGACUCCACAAAACCCAUUGCGGAAUCAGUGGGGAGGGCCUUCCAGCAGUUCUACAAAGAAUACAUUGAGUACACGUGUCCAACAGAAGAUAUCUAUCUGGAGUAGAUGCCUCUGUAGGUGCCCGAAGUGGUCUGGGCUCAUCACAUCUCAUUCUCAAACCCAGCGUGAUGCAUGGACACUCGGAGCUAGUGGCUCGAUAUCAGGUUCCAAAAUGAUAUGGCAUCUCGAUUGAACCCGUUUUACCUAUUGUUACUUUUAGCCAGCCAUGCCUCAAAGAUCAACAAUGUACGUCGCCCUGAGUUUGUGACUUAUCCCAUUCCGCUGCCAAUCCAGACCCAUCCAUCUAGUGUUCCAUUGGUUCAUGGCUCAACCGUUCCUGCUUGCUUCAUAACCCUUGUGAUGCAUUUGGUACACGUUCGGAAUGCAAUGGGCCAGUGCUUAGGUCUGGCUGGAGGAGAUGACGCCAAAGCAACGGGCAGAUGCGAGAUUCAUUGUAACGAUAACGUUACGCUUUAUUCAUUGAAAGUGUUGUGUGUAAAGUUCUUAAAAGUUGUUCAUGGAGUGUGCAACAUAGUUUAUUUAAAGGUUUGAUGACAG